GAUUUAACACUCCUACAGUCAGAAGGCCAUUUGCAUUCUGCUGUAGCACUAGAUUCGUUCAGCGUUUUUCCACUCUCGUGAACAAAAAUUCGCGAAAAUGGCUGCAUCGGUCGUCGCUGUUUUAGUUUUUACGAUUCUCUGGGGUGUGGUUGGAAUUGUUCUCCCGUUUUUGGUACCUAAAGGUCCGAACAGAGGAAUUCUGCAAGCCAUUUUAAUACUGACGGCAGCUACGUGUUGGUUAUUCUGGCUCUGUUGCUACAUGGCACAAAUGAACCCUCUUAUUGGGCCUAAACUGGAAAACACGACUCUUCUGCUGAUUGCAAGAGAAUGGGGAAAUGAAGCCACCAUCUAAACAGCUAACAACAAUCCAAUUUAACGUAUUAUUAUUGUAAAUAAAGUAAAUGUGAGAAUUGAAUGAUCCAAUAUUCCUUGUGAAAUUGAUAUUUAAUUAAGAUUUCACUAUUAUCAUAAAUUAGACUAGUCAGGAAUGUAUAAUUUAUAAGCAGAGGUGGGGGUCGUUCAGUAAAUGUAAAAAAUACUAUUUCCAAGCACGUAAAA